AGCGGCGAACACCUUCCACUCAUCCCCAUCUUUUUUUUUCAUUGCUUGGAAUUCUUGGUCUCUCGAUCCCCAGCACUCGAAUCUUGGACCGCUGGAGCUCGGUUGGGAGGGUUUGGGGGCUCUGGACGGCGUUCUUGAAGGGAGUUUGGGGUGGUGAGGUUGAGAUCGGUGGAGAUCUGGGAGGAAAUUGCGUGUUUGGAGUUGUUGAAGUGGUUUUUUGGGAGGAGUGGUGGGAUAGUGAGAGGGGUUGGUGUUUUUUUGGGUGUUUAGGCUUUUUUACGCCUUGAUCUUGGCUUCUUAUUGGUUGUUUUCCUUUCUGGGGUAUCGCAUAUAGUGAAGGUGGUGGUGGUGGUGGUGUUGGGGCGUGGAUCGGAAUGGUUUUGGGGAUUUGAGAGACUGAGGCGAUCUUGCGGUGUUGUUUUGUAUAAUUUGUUUGAAAGUUUGAGUUUUGGGUUGUUUAUUGGUGGGGGAAUGGGGUAGUUGAGGUCAUGUAGAGAUUUUAGCUCUGGUUUUUUGGUUAUAGUUCGUCGGUGGCGGAUUUGGAGCUUGCAAGGAGUUCCCUUCACUUUCGAUGGCGCUUGCACCACCGAAUCGUCCAGGUGCCUCCGCGGAUGCCUUGUACAGGGAGCUGUGGCAUGCCUGUGCGGGACCACUGGUCUCUGUGCCGCGCCAAGGCGAACGGGUUUAUUACUUUCCUCAAGGUCACAUGGAGCAGCUUGAAGCUUCAACUCAUCAAGGGCUGGACCAGCAGGUGCCUUCAUUCAAUCUACCAUCAAAGAUUCUCUGCAGGGUAGUUAAUGUUGAUCUUCGAGCAGAACCAGACACUGAUGAAGUAUAUGCUCAGAUCACUCUACAGCCUGAGCUCGAGCAAGGUGAAAUCACUAGCCCAGAUCCUCCACUUCCGGAACCAGAGAGAUGUAUUGUUCAUUCCUUUUGCAAGACGCUUACUGCAUCAGACACAAGCACCCAUGGUGGAUUCUCGGUUUUGAGAAGGCAUGCAGAUGAGUGCCUUCCUCCUCUGGAUAUGUCCCAGCAUCCACCUUGGCAAGAAUUGGUUGCCACUGAUCUUCAUGGGAAUGAAUGGCAUUUCCGUCAUAUAUUUCGAGGGCAACCAAGGCGGCAUCUUCUAACGACUGGGUGGAGUGUUUUUGUUAGCUCAAAGAGACUUGUUGCUGGGGAUGCAUUUAUCUUUUUGAGAGGGGAGGAUGGGGAACUGCGGGUUGGUGUUAGGCGGCUCAUGAGACAACUGAGUAAUAUGCCGUCAUCUGUAAUAUCCAGCCACAGCAUGCAUCUUGGGGUUUUAGCAACUGCAUCCCAUGCUAUAUCCACUGGGACUCUCUUCUCUGUCUUUUACAAGCCAAGGACAAGCCGUUCUGAGUUUAUAGUAAGUGUCAACAAGUAUCUUGAAGCGAGGAACAACAAAUUAUCUGUGGGGAUGAGGUUUAAAAUGAGAUUUGAGGGUGAUGAAGCCCCAGAGAGGAGAUUUAAUGGUACUAUAAUUGGCACCGUGGACACAGGAUCAUCACGAUGGGCAGAUUCAGAAUGGAGAUCUUUGAAGGUUCAGUGGGAUGAACCUUCAUCUAUUCCAAGGCCGGAUAGGGUUUCACCAUGGGAAUUGGAACCACUUGUUGCAUCUACUCCUGCAACUACUCAUCCAGUUUCACGAAACAAGCGAGCAAGGCCUCCAGUUUCAGCCUCCAUAGCACCGAAUCUUCCUCAAAUGUUUGGUCGUUGGAAAUCUCCGGCGGAGGCCACCCAAACUUUUUCAUUUUCAGGGAUGCAUCAUGGUCAAGACUUGUAUCGCUCAUCCAGCCCCACAUCUUUGUUCUCAUCUGCAUCUACUGCUGGGUCCAUUGCAUUCAAUGGAAACAGCACACCAUCAGCUCUCACUGGUAAUCCUGUUUACUGGCCAAUCAAGGCAGCUAACCAGGAUGAGUUAUACUCUCCAUGCAUUAAUAAGGAACCAAAUGAAAGGAAACAAGAUACAGGCAACAAUGGCUAUAGACUCUUUGGGAUCCAGUUGAUUGAAAGUUCUGUGGUAGAGGAAAUCUCACCAGUGGUGGCUGUUUCUGCUUGCGCAGAGGAUCAACCAGCUCCAUCCCAAGAUGUGGACUCUGAUCGGCAGUCCCAGCCAUCAUAUGUCAAUAAAUCAGAAGCCCCUGCAGUCAGCAGUGAGCCUGAGAAGUCAUGCUUGAGGUCCCCCCAAGAGACACAGAGCCGGCAGCUUAGAAGCUGCACUAAGGUCCAUAUGCAAGGCAUGGCAGUUGGGAGGGCGGUAGACCUGACACGAUUGAAGGAUUAUGAUGACCUCCUUAGAAAACUGGAGGAGAUGUUCAGCAUUACCGGUGAGCUAACAGGGUCCAUAAAAAAAUGGCAGGUGGUCUAUACUGAUGAUGAGGAUGACAUUAUGCUGGUUGGCGAUAAUCACUGGCAUGAAUUCUGCAAUGUUGUGAGAAAGAUCCACAUCUACACAUGCGAGGAGGCCAAGAGGCUGUCCCCGAAGGCCAAGCUGCCUGUCCUCAGCAAGCUUAUCAAAUCUAAAGCCUCCAAGGAAGCCCCGUCUGACACUACAGAUGUCACUUGCAAUGGUGGUGAUGACCAAGUCUCAAUUGCAGAUAAGGAUAGCUGACUUCAUAAUAUAAUAAGGAAGAAAAAGCUUGUAGGGACAUUGAUGGUGUGAAGAUCAGGUGGUUCCUUGCAAUGCCGUGGGCCAAUUGAGGCUAAGCAAGAAAGUGAUGUUGGUGAAGGAGAUAUGAAUGUGCAUGUGGCCAUAUGGAGUUGGUUGCGUCUUUUCAAUCACAUUUUCUUUUCCAUUUUCCCUUUUAUUGUUAGGCAGGCCAGUUCUAAGGAAACGAGUGGCGUGGCUGACCGGAAAAAGGUUUGACUGUGGCUGUGGCUGUGGCUGUGGCUGGUUAUGGAGUCUUCUUUGAUUUCCAAUUCAAGUAUUUGAGAAUUGAGUGUGUGCAUGGUAUCACAACAUCCCCUUUGUUGUCAGUUACUCAUUGUUAAUUCCCAUUUCUUUGUGCUAAAGGUAGUAUAUGAUGUUUAUAUAGUGUAUUACUGCCAUAUGAUGUUGUAUUUGUUGUAGAAUUGUCAAACAAGCAAACUUGUUUUGUUUGUUUAGUUUCUUUUUUUUUUCUUUGUUUUUUUGUUUUUGGGAGGGAGGAAGUGAUAUUUUGUUGUUCACUCUGAAAACAUUUAAAUGUGUUUGUUUGUUUUGCUACUGACUUGAGUUGAAAAGGGGUUUUAGAAUAAUGAAAUGAUGCAUCAUCUGGAAGCUUUUGUGUUA